AUGAAAGCAUUUAUUGUUAGUAUUUUAUUAAUUUCAUUAGUUUCAGCAGCUGUAGUGAUAAAUGAAGAAGCUAUUAAGAAAGACCCAAUAUAUAAACAAUACAGUGAAGCGAUGAAUCAAAUUGAUAAAGCUGUUGGUGAAAAGGCACAAAAAGAAAUCUCAAAAAAAAUGAGUUUAAAAGCAAAAUUUAACAAACAAGUAAAGUUACAACUUGCUAGAAAAGCCAAGAAAAUGGCAAAGAAAAUUGAAUAUGUAUCAAAAGUAAAGAAAAUGAAUAAAGUUAUUCGUAAAUCUAUGAAAGAAAUUAAGGCUAAUACUGAUAUUAAGAAAGUUCUUCAAAGAGUUAAGAGUCAAUUAAAAUUAAUUGCUGGAAAAGAUACUAAAGCAAUAAAGAAAAUGAAUAAAUUAAUUAAAAAAUUUGAUAAAGGAAGUCAAAGAAAAGUUGCUCAUAUUGUUAAGAAAUUACAAAAGAAAGUUCAAUUAAAGAAAAUUAAAAAAGCUGGACUUAAAAUUGGACCUACAGAAAAGAAAUUAGCUCAAAAAGCUAUUAAAUAUGUUCAAAAAGCUAAUGAAAGAAUGGGAAAAAGUGAAAAAUAUAUUGAACUUUCAUGUAAAAGUUCUCCAAAAUAUUGUUCUUUCUUCAAGAAGUCAUUUGUUAUUGCUAAUCCAAUUAUUGUUUAA